AUGGCACUCCAAGGAGGUUCCUGUCAGGGGGGAUCUCCUCUCUCGGGUGCAGGGGGCAAUCCUACACCCCCGCCCCAAGAUAUUGAAGCUUCAGGUCUGGCCCCUAAGGGGGACCAGUUCCUAGAGGCGGGCCUCUCAUCUGAGGCGGCUGAGGCCUUCCUGCAGACCGCGCCUUUUCUCCUGGGACCUCUCUGUGAUCUUCCAAAGAAAGUCUCAGUGUCCAUCAGUCCCUCUGGUGAGAUAGAGGAGGACAGUUCAGUGACUCUGACCUGUAUCAGUGAUGCUAACCCACCUGUACAGAACUACACUUGGUUUAAGGGGAAGACAUUUGUAGGAAAGGAAAAGACCUACAACAUCUCCAAGAUCAGCUCUGAGGACAGUGGAGAGUACAAGUGCAAGUGCAGUAAUGAAGUCGGACAUCAGGACUCCAACAGUGUGACUCUGAAUGUUCUGUAUCCUCCAAAGAAUGUCUCAGUUUCCAUCAGUCCCUCUGGUGAGAUAAUGGACGACAGUUUAGUGACUCUGACCUGUAGCAGUGAUGCUAACCCACCUGUACAGAACUACACUUGGUUUAAGGGGAAGACAUUUGUAGGAAAGGAAAAGACCUACAACAUCUCCAAGAUCAGCUCUGAGGACAGUGGAGAGUACAAGUGCAAGUGCAGUAAUGAAGUUGGACAUCGGUACUCCAACAGUGUGACUCUGAAUGUUCUGUAUCCUCCAAAAAAUGUCUCAGUGUCCAUCAGUCACUCUGGUGAGAUAAUGGAGGACAGUUCAGUGACUCUGACCUGUAGCAGUGAUGCUAACCCACCUGUACAGAACUACACCUGGUUUAAGGUGAAAGAAUCAUCACCUGUCGGCUCUAGACAGAGUUACAGAGCUGUACAGAGUGGACAGUAUUACUGUGAGGCUCAGAAUAAACACGGCUCUGAGAGAUCAGCUGCAGUGUCUGUCACUAUUAAUGGUACUGUGAUUGUGAUUGUGUAUGUGACUGUUGGACUCGGACUUUUUGGGCUUGCAGCUCUUCUCUCUGCACUCUUAUGGCUGAGAAGCAAGAGACAGAAGAAGAAGGUAGAUGAAUGUGACAAUCAGAACACUGGGCCGAGUGCUAAAGACGACACGUAUGCAGCUCUAGACUCCACAGGCUGGGCAGCUGAUGAUGUGUAUCACACACUUGCAAUUUCUCAUCCCAGUCCUCAUGCUGAUUCAACCACAUCCUCUGACUAUGAGAAUAUUGCAGUGCGUUUGAGCAUUUUGAUCCCAAACCACCAGUAGAUUAAAUACUAAUUUAAUAAUAAAUGUUUUAUAUGAAAAUGUGCUACAAUACAUUGAGGCCGACUCUGUGUAGACUCUGCUAUACUAAAGAGGAGAUCUGAACUCUAUGUGAUCUUUUGCAUCAAUACAACAUUACAAUACAGCCAGCACUAGAGGUCAGCUCCACCAGGCAGGGAAAGGAACCCUACGCCUGAGGGU